AUGUUUAAGAAAAUAAACUAUUUGAUUUAUUUUCUUGUAGGUACUUUAUUGAUUUUAUCAUAAUAUAUUAGCAGAGCCGCUUCAGCAAGCACAGUUACAGAUAUAGUAUUUUCACCUUUUUCUUUAGCGAGUUUUGACUUAACAAGUUAGUUUGGAACAGCAGUAACAAUCAAAAUAGCCAAGUAAGCAGAUUUAGUUGCUGUAGCAUGCGGUGUGGCAGGUUUAAUUAUCAUCAAUGGAAAAACUGACUAGAUAUAAUACUAAAAGGUAUUUGAAGGAGAAGCUAUUUAAGGGCUUGCCAUUACUUAAGACGGAAAAUAUAUUAUGCUACCACAUUAAAAUAAAUUUUCUAUAUUUUAAUAUGUGUAAAAUGGAAAUUCUUAAGACUUAUAGCUUAUUUCCUAGGCUUCAUAUUCUAAAGGAUUCCUUUAAGAUAUAAUCUUAGAUUCAACUGAAACUAUUGCUUUUGCUUAUGGUACAAAAGGAACUUUGAUAGCAUACAAUAUAAGUGAUAUCACCAAUCCCUAAUAGAUAGGUGCUUAUUUCAGCAAAUCAGCUCAAGUAAGAAGAGCUGUAAUAGCUAAUGAUAAUAGCUUUUUAUACCUUGCUGAUGACGUUAAUGGACUCGUUCUCUUAAAAAUUUAAUAAGUACCCGAAUUUUAAUUGAUUGUUGCUACAACAGGAGGUUCAACUUGGUGGUAAUCAUGGGCUGUAGCAAUCACUUCUGAUAAAAGGUAUGCUUAUGUUAUGGAUAAUUGGGAUGGAAUAUGGAUUACUGAUCUUUAAAAUGUUUACGAUACUGAUGAAGCACUUUAUCCAGCAUAAAUAAAAUAUAAUUUGAAGUUUUGGCCAUAUGCAUCUCCUUCUGUUUAUUCAGCUAUUAUUACUCAAGAUAAUAAUUAUCUCUUAAUAGGACAUAGAUCUAUAGGUGUAGAAAUUAUAGAUAUCAGCAACAAAUUAUCUCCUGUUUAAUAUUAAACAAUUCCAUCUGAAGCUGUAGGGUUUGAUUUGAGACUUUCUUCAGAUGAACAGAAACUCUAUUAUGCUAACGCAAAAAGUAUAAUCAUAUUCACUAAAGCGAUUCCGAAUUUCAACAAUUACUUUCCAAACUUACAUAACUUCUAACAGACAGAUAUUGAUCAAUUUUGUAAUACAAAAUAUUUGUGGAGAUGCAACGUUUCAGAAGAUGACAAAUAUUUUUAUGGCUACUUUGAUGAUGAUGGAGUAUAUAUUAUGGAUUAUAGCUUAGAUCCUUACCACAUGAAGUUUUAAUCAAGAAUUUUUCCUAAUAUCCCAGGACUGUCAAUAGAUAUAGCAGCAGUUUUGUACGGAAAGUAUAUGGUUAUUGGAGUAGCAGGCUCUCCUUAUGUAGCAUAUAAUUACGAUAUUAGUGAUCCAACUAAUCCCAAAUUGAUUUAUCAAGUACCUUUUAAUGGCAACACAGAUGCUGAUGGUCUCUAUGUUAGCCAAGAUAAAAAAUAUCUAGCUUAAUGUAACUUUUCCUGUAUUAUCUUAUAUGAUAUUAGUAAUCCAGCAAUUCUUAAUGUUUUAUUUGAAUGGUUUCCUCCACCAACUAUCUUUGGAUCUAUAAAAGAUCUCUGCAUGAGUUAUGAUAACAAAUACAUAAUUGGAUCUGUAAGAAAUUGGGGAUACUUUGUUCUAGACAUCCAAGACAAGUCAAACCCAAAGCUAAUGAAUGUUCUUGAAACUUCAGGAGCAGAAGGAAUGACUAUUUCUUUAAAUCAAAAAUAUAUCUUUUGCUUUGAUGGAUUUAGAGGGUUACUAAUUUUAGAUAUUUAGGAUUUACCAAAUUUAAAAAUUAUAAGCAAACUUUAACUUACAGGAUGGUCAAACUAUAUUUAACCUAUGUACAAUGAUCAAUUUUUAAUUGUAGACGACUACGAAAAUGGUUAAUUAUCACUCGUUGAUAUCAGAGAUCUCACUAAUCCUAUUUUAAUGAGCACUUAUAAUUCUAAAAGAGAAUAAGCAGUAGGAGUUUGCACUACAUUAGAUAAUAAAUAUGGGUUUAUUAUAACAGAUAAAGGCGUGAGAACAAUACCAUUAAAAUCUGAUGUCACUAUUCAUACAUAGAUUUCUCAGGUAGUUCCUCAAACAGGAUCCAAGCCCUUGCUUAUUACUCUUCCCCCAAAUUAAAAUUUGUUAGUAGGUGAGACUAUUUAGUUUAAUUUUAUCAUCAUUAAACCAAUCAUAUCUAUGGCAAUUAUAAAUGUCUAUUACUAUGAUAAUUACGAAAUGAAAAGUCUUCCAUAUUGGAUGGACUAUACAAGUAGUUCAUAAAGUCUAAACAUAAAUGUAGUCAAGGAUGGAUUAGGCACCAAUUAUACAUAGCCUAAUUUAAACACAGUUAUUAUCCAAACAGCUAUUCCUAUCAACAAUUCAUCGUUUAUUUAUAACGAUUAAUUAACAGGUUUAACAACAACGCCCUAAUAAGCUAAUCUCAUUUAUGAGUAUCUAAUUUCGUAGUAUCUUCUAGAUAGCAAUAACUUUGUAACAUCAUUUUUCGAUCAUAAUUAGCCUUUCUCUUUUAACAUACCAAAUCUUUAAGUAAGUAAUAUGUAAAGGCUAUUUUAGCUUGUUAAACUAACUUUAAUGAGAGGAACUUACUAUAACCCAAUUUUGUUUUACAUUGCUCCUUCUCUCACAUUAGAUUUAAAUAACUCAACAUCUCCAAUUUAAACAACAUCUACUUAAAUUACAUUUACUAUGCUUGUAGAAUAAACCACAGGUUAAUUUGUUAAACAAGCAUUUGAAGGUGUUAUAGUAUCUUAUACAGAUGCUUAAAAUUAGGUUAAGAUAGAAGGUUUAAAAGAUAAUGUUAACUCUGUCAUUAGUAAAAAAUUAUACUUUUCAUUAUUUGCUAAUGCAACUAAUAAAAUGGUUAACAUUACAGUUGAAGAUGGUGUGAAUAAUAAUAUAGUAUAGACAUUUAUUAUAGAUUAACUCUCUUUUAUAGCAUUAAAUGUCCCAACCACUAAAGGUAAAGAUUUACAACCUUAAGUUAACUCUUAAUUCUCAGGAGGAAAUGUAGCAAUAGAAGCAGAUAUAUCUAUUUCAUUUAGUAAGGAUAGUUUUAUUGACCCUGACACUCCAGUUUUAAGCUAUUCUAUGUAAAUUAGUUAAGGUGGUGUCUAUAUUCCUGUUGCUUCAGAUUUCUUUUUGCAACUAUCAAAUACAGAUUUAAAAGUGUCUGGAAAAACUAUUGAUAGUUAGUUUGGAGAUACAUAUUAUUUAAGAAUAAGAGCAAGUGAUGGUUAUAGUGAAGCAUUUAAUUAUUUUUCAAUAUCUGUAAGCAUACUCCCUUUUACUUAUAUUUUAAAUUUGCUGAUUAAAAUAUUUGGACCUAUAAUCGGUGUUUUUGGAGUUUACAAAUACAAGAGUGAUAUAUUAAAUUUGGUAUUUAAAUAAAAAACAUUUUAUUCAGCAGAAACUGCCCAAGUGAAUUGCUUAUAUAGAAAAUAAAUUACAGUUAUGGGCAGUGACAUUAAAAAGGCAUAUGAACUUUACUAUUCAUUCAAAAGCAAAAUUAUGUAAAAGGAAAAUAUUUUUGCAUAAGAAGAAAGAGAGAAGAAGAUGUAUUUCCAUUAAGAAAGUGCAAACACAAUUAAAGAUGAGGAUUUAGAAAAGAACAAUCAUUAAAAUGAAUAGAAUUUCUAAUAAACAAGAAGGCUUAAGCGCAUGGAUUGUGAAGAUGAAUUUCUUAAAAAAACAGUUUAUAAUUUACAAAUGGCUCCUUCCUUUAGAAAUAAAACUAUUAUGGAAAAGCUCUUUUUGAGAAAAGAUGGAUCAAUAGCUAUGACAAAAAUGUAUAGAGACAUGCUUUAGCUUGAAGUUACAUAUACUUUAAAUGGGAAAACAUAUUUUGUAAAAAACGACAUAAAAGAGUUUUAAAACAAAGAAUCUAGGUUCUUUAAAUGCUUAUAAGGUAUAGUUGCUAGAGAUUUGAUUAAGAAUGACUUCAAGGCUUUAUCGAUUUAUAAUUAUUUAAAGUAUUAUGCUAAAAAGAAUUUUUAGUAUACUGAAAACGAUUGGUAUAAAGUCUAUGUAGAUAUUCAAUCCACAAAUAAAAAGGAUAAAUACAAUUAAUAAGUUCCUUUUUCUGAUAUUAAAAUCAAGGAAGAUAUGAUAAAUAGAGUUUUUAUGGACUUAAGUAUCCAUAAUUAUAAAGGAUAAAAGUUAGAUAGCAUACACAGUUUAGGAAUUAACCCUCACCUCAUAAGAUAAAAUUUGUAUUCUGAUGCUUUGGGAAUAGUAGUUGAUGCAGCAUCUUUUAUUUAACCAUGUGUUGGAGAGUCACUACAUUUAGAGUUCUUUUAAGUUCAUUCUGUUGAAGCUUUUAAGGAAGUAAAAGAUGCAUGGUGCAUAAAAUUAAGAAAGUUUAUAGGGUUGGAUUAUAUGUCAUUUGGUAUGUCAAAAAAUAUGACUCUACCUCAUUGGCUUAAAUUUGAUAUGAAAAAUGGAGUUUUGAUUUUAGAAGGUACUCCAUCUAACACCGAUAUAGAUUAGCUAUUAAUCAGAAUAUAUGAUGAAGAUCUCUAUAUUGCUCAGUAAUUCUUUUUAAAUAUAGUUGAUGAAUAUAAUGCAGAGAAAGACAAUUUUGAAUUAGUUGAUGAUUUUAAUAUUUCUGAGAAUAUAAAUGUAAUUAUCAACUAAGAAAGUUAGAACGAUUUAAGAUUAGCAGCUGAUAAGAAUCAAUCAAAAGCAAGCUAAUUUAAGAAUUAAAAUCAAAAUUCUUAAAGACUUGUGGAUUAAGACUCUUUUAUUGAUAGAACCUCCUCCAAUACCAAUGCUAUGCUCAAAUCUAUACAAUAGCAAUCUCCUUUAUUGGUUCCUAAAGAUUCUGGUCAAGAUUAUGUUGAUGAACUAUUUUCAGUUUAAAAUAAAGAAAUGACUUCAGUGCAAACAUCGAACAGAUAAAUGAUAGAAAAAGAAAUUUCAUCUUACAGUUAAAAAAAUCAAUAAGAAUUAGAUAAAACUCAAGCUGAUAUAGAUGUAAGUUACACUGCUCUUAGAAAUUAGCUGGACAAUAACUAUUAAUCUAAAGAUGUAGAAGGAAAUGCUGCUCAAGAUUGA